AUGGUGCAGAAAUCUCUCAACGGCGGGGUUUACCCAACUCAAGCCGGAGAGAAGAAGCACAAAGUCGGACCGAGGUCCAGCACUCACCGCCGGCAGACCCAGACCCUCCAAGAGGAGCGCCAGCUAUCGGAAACUGCAGAAUUUCCUUUACAAUGCGCUGGAAAGACCUCGGGAUGGGCAUUCAUCUACCACGCUUACGUCUUCUUCCUGGUGUUCUCCUGCCUUCUCCUGUCAGUUUUUGCCACCAUCAAAGAGUUCAAAAAUAGGUCAGAGAGUGCCUUGUACAUCCUGGAGUUUGUGACCAUCGUGGUGUUCGGAGUGGAGUACAUCGUGCGAUUAUGGUCUGCUGGCUGCUGCUGUCGAUACAGAGGAUGGAGAGGGAGGUUAAAAUUUGCAGGAAAGCCUUUCUGUGUCAUCGACGUCAUGGUGCUGAUCGCCUCUGUGUCCGUCCUGGUAGCUGGAUCUCAGGGCAACGUGUUUGCCACCUCAGCCAUCAGGAGUCUGAGAUUCCUGCAGAUCCUCCGCAUGCUCCGCAUGGAUCGGCGUGGAGGCACUUGGAAGCUCCUUGGAUCUGUAGUUUAUGCCCACAGCAAGGAGCUCAUCACCGCCUGGUACAUCGGCUUCUUGUGCCUCAUCCUGGCUUCAUUUCUGGUCUACUCUGUGGAAAGAGAGUCAAAUGACGAGUUCGAGACCUAUGCUGAUGCUCUGUGGUGGGGGCUGAUCACCCUCACCACCAUCGGCUACGGCGAUAAAGUCCCCAAGACCUGGAAUGGACGUUUACUGGGAGCCACAUUCAGUAUGAUCGGGGUGGCCUUCUUUGCACUUCCUGCUGGCAUUCUGGGUUCUGGCUUUGCCUUGAAGGUCCAGGAGCAGCAUAGGCAGAAACAUUUUGAGAAGAGACGUAACCCAGCAGCAGGCCUCAUCCAGGCUGCGUGGAGGUUUUAUGCCACCAAUCUUUCCCGCACAGACCUGCUAUGCACCUGGGAUUUUUACGAGCAGACCGUAGCCGUUCCGAUGUACAGACUGAUUCCACCACUGAAUCAGCUGGACCUGCUGAGGAAUCUGAAGGGCAAAUCAUUCAGGAAGGAGUGUCAGACAGAAACCUCUCCCAGUGAAAAUGCACACAAAGACAGACUUUGCGGGUGCUGUCCCAGAACCAUUAGUCGCAAGGCCAGCUUGAAGGACAAAGUGUUCCCAAGUCCUUCCAAGCCUCCAGGGGCCAAGGGAAAAGCCCAAAGUCCUGGGGGUGAGGAUGGGGCCGAGGCGAGUCCCAGCAAAGUCACAAAGAGCUGGAGCUUCACCGAGAAGAACCGAGGAGCAAAGCAAGCCUUCCGUGCCCGGGGCACCACCUCACGCCAAAACCCGGAGGCAAUUGAAGGUUUAAUAAAGGCCAGCCUCCCAGGAGAGGACAUUGGUGACGAUAAGAGUUGCCACUGUGAGUUUCUCACUCAAGAAUUACCACCGGGCUUGAAGGUUGCAAUAAGGGCAAUUUGCAUCAUGAGAUUUCUUGUUUCAAAGAGGAGGUUCAAAGAGAGCUUGCGGCCAUAUGACGUCAUGGACGUGAUUGAGCAGUACUCUGCAGGUCACCUGGACAUGCUGUCUCGCAUUAAGAAUCUGCAGUCCAGUGUUGACCAGAUAGUUGGUAAAGGUCCUAAAGCAGAAGGAGAGUCCACUGAUGACCAGAGCAUGAUGGAACGUCUGGUCAAAGUAGAAAAACAGGUGCUCUGUAUGGACAGGAAGCUGGAUUUUCUGGUCAAUGUGUAUUUGCAGCGCAUGGGCAUCCCUCGCUCUGAAACAGAGGCCUUUUUCAAUUCCAAGGAGCCGUAUCCUGCCCCGCCUUACCACAGCCCAGAGGAGAGCGAGGAGGAGAAGGAGGGCAAAGAGGAGGUGAAAGAGGAAAAAGAGGUGAAGAUGUGUUCUGCUGCAGAGGUCCUGUGCUCCCAAGGGUCUUUGGAAAAGAAGGACCCUUUACUGGGCCGGUCUGUGGAGAGAUCGGCAGGUGCUCCCUCUGCCAGCAACAGCUUUCUGUCUACCUCCUGGCAGCACCAGCUGCAGCACCCCCUCAGCCAGCCCGCCUGGAAUAGCAGUGUUGCCAACACCCCCUCACCUGUCGGGGGCAGCGGUGAGCAUUCACCCAAUCUGUUCCGCCUUCCGCCCCCACCUGCUCCAGUUCACGACCGAUCCUCCUCCGGUCCUGGAGGCAGCAGCCGAGACAGCCACGGCAGGAGGCGCCACCGGAGUCAGAGGUGUCAACAGGAGGCCGCCGCAGAGAGCGACAUGUCUCUCUCUAUCCCGUCUGUCGACCACGAGGAGUUGGAGCGUUCCUUCAGCGGCUUCAGCAUCUCCCAGGCAAAGGAGGACUUCUUUGGGCCUUCUUUCUUUACAGGCUCAGGAAGAGGAACUGCUGCAGGACAUGAAGCUGGAUCUGGACAUUCGCUGUGUCCCAGGGUUCGACCCUUUAUAGCAGAGGGUGAAUCAGACACGGACUCUGACCUGUACACCCCCUCACCUCUGUCCUUCACUGGAGAGGCCUCGUGUGGAGAGAGGGGAUGGCCGGGGCUGAAGUAGAUCAGCCUGGUGGAGGGUCUUGUUGAGAAAGAAAUCUGUGCUUCUGUUGCCAAUUCUUCAUGAAACCUUGACAACAACUUGACUAUUCUCGUUGACGAUGCUGUUUUAUGUUGAGGAUUACAAGCAGUUGUUCAUUACUGAUCACAAAUAUGACCUUAUU